AUGAGGCGCCGCAUGGUGGCGUGUCUGUGCACGAUGCUGGGAGGGCCUGUCACGGCCAUGGAGGAGUGCCGGCUGAUGGACCACGCGGGGCACCAAGUAGUGGAAGCAGCAGACCUGAACGCGUACCUGCAGCGCACGCACGCCAGCAGCAGUGGCGGCGGCGGUGGUCGUGGGAGCAUGAUGCAGCAGCGUGCCGUCUCAUUGCAGCACAUGCAGCGGUUCGUGCAGACGGUGGUGGCAGCGCUGCGGUCCGUGACGCCUAUUAGUGACGACGCUGCUGCGCGCCUGCACGUGCUGCUGCGUGCCUUUGACGACGCCAUUGUCUCCUCCCGUGCUGUCGGCUGUUCUCAAGGGGGGGCGUGGCUGCAGUGGGGGGCGGGUGUGUCGCACAACACGACCAUCCAUGUGGGCGACAAGGUCACGUGGGUGUGGGAUGACGACCUCCCUCACUCACUGCGAGUGGCAGGCAUGGGAGAGGCAAGCGAGCCAUUCUUCGAGGGCUUUGGAGGGCAGCGCAUGGCGGUGUCACGGCAACUGGCGUGCACUCCCAUGAACGUGGGCACGCACGACGCCAGCGCCGACCCCCUGCCGUGCGUGCUCAGGAUGGACGGCGAGCCAGCAGGCGUGUUCACGUACAGCAGGGUGUUUGAGCAGCCUGCCACCAUCUACUACGAGGAUGGCGCUCUGCCUGGAGACUCCUCCUCACUUUCCUCCUCCACCUCCUCCUCCUCUUCCACCUCCUCUGCCAGUGUUCUCACUGUGCUGCCUGCAAGGGCAGGGUCUGAGGCUGCUGCUGUUGCAAAUGCCACCGACGGCAGCACCCUCUCAACCACCACACACUUCACUUCCACCACCACCACCACCACCACCACCACCACCACCACCACCACCACCGCUGCUGCAAACACAACCGCCACCACCCGCGCCUCAUCGCCCUACAUCUGUGCGCCGGGGUGUCGACUGCGGCGCCUGGCGAACGGGGUGUGCGAUGCGGCAUGCAACACGCCCUCGUGCGCCUUUGACGGUGGCGACUGCGCGUGUGUCGACCCGCUCUUUGGCCCCGGCAUCUGCACCUGCCCUGCCGGCCACACUCGACGCGACGACGGCUCAUGCUGUGUGUCGACAGCAGUGGGUAGCGAUCUCAACUUCCCCUUCUCACUACAGCGCUACGGCCCCAAUUACCUAGAGAGCAACUAUGCCUUCGCUGCUGAGAGGGAAGUCGCCGUCAACCGCUUUGUCUCACGCCACAACCGAUUGCUGAUCGGCAUGGUGCUGCAGCAGGAGCGGUGGGGCACGCAGGUGUGCAGCGGACAGGGCGUGCUGCACCUGGAGGGGUGGUGCAGCAACGGCACGUCCCUGGAGCCCUACGGAGUGAACCCGCACUUCCUGCCGUCCUCGUCGCUGUACGACGGCUCUGCGGGCGCCAACAUGAGUGAGCUGGACAACGGCACCUUCGGCGUCAAGCUGCAGUUCAACGCGCAGGGCUUCCCCUACGGCUUCAUCCGCCCCACUCAGGAGUCAGUGGCGGCGUACCCGAUGGUGUUUGACGUGAAUCUGGACAACGAGGCAGCCACAAAGCGCCUUCAGUACCUCGUGGAUGGCAACUACAUUGACAACGCCACGCGCUCCGUCCACGUCAGCUUCGUCACCUUCAAUGGCGAGGCGCGCACGUUUGUGCUGACGACAGUGCGGUGCACAGUGAGCACAGGGGGCAGCAUGGCCGUGACCUUCAAGUCACAGCCGGCGGCCACGGCCAUGUACAAUGCAUCCGCGCGCAACAUGGCGCGCCUGGUGCUGGAGGUUGUAUACCUGGUGGGGCUGCUGUGGAACGUGUGGGGCGAGGUGCAGGAGAUGGCGGACCAUGCUGCCAUGAGCGGCUCUGUGCUGACCUACUUUGCCCUCGCGUGGAACUGCGUCGACUUGCUGUCAAUCUCCCUGCAAGUCGCUGCGGUUGUGAUCUGGAUGGUGCUGUGGCAGUGGGUGAGUGCGUUUGACGUGCAGGCGCGCUACGACAUCUACUACACGCUGCUGGAGAUGCCGCGCUACUGGGCCGUGCCCAACCCGCCCACGGGCUUCCUGCGUGCCACACAGGCCUUCAUGGAGCUUCAAAACAUCAUCAACCUGCGAGCCGUCUACUUCGCCAUGCAGGGCAUCAACCUGUUCUUCCUGAUGGUGCGGCUGCUGAAGCUGAUGGACUUCCAGCCCUACCUGGGCGUCAUCACGCGCUCGCUCGCCCUCGCCACGCCCUCGCUGCUGCACUUCUUCCUGCUCUCCUUCACCGUCUUCUCCUGCUUCAGCAUGUUCGCCUACCUUGUCUUCGGAGGCGCUCUCGAGCAGUUCUCAACGGUGCUGCAGUCCAUGUUCUCGUGCUUCCUGCUGCUGCUGAACGACAACUCCUCGGCCUACUUCUUCCAGCGCAUGGAGUCGUGGGACCUGAUCGCGGCCAUGCUCUUCUUCCUCAUGUUCAUCGUGCUGCUCGUCUUCAUCCUCCUCAACUUCCUCAUCGCCAUCAUCGUCGACGCCUUCAUGACCGUCAAGGACGGCGAUGUCGUUGCCACCUCCAUAGUCGCCGACCUCGCGCACAUCAUCAAGUACAAGUGGAACUGCUGGCGUGGCCGCUACUUGCCGUACCAUCUCAUUCUCAACCGCCUUGUGGACCUGGGCGCUAGGGAUACCAGGCCUGACGAGUCGAACCGUCAGAGGCGCCGCCGUCAGUCGAUCAUGCAGCGGGCGCGAGCAUUCUUCCCCACCAGUCUCAGCCGUGGCAGCGGGGACGAGCCGCCGCCGCACCUGGGCCGAUGUGAGAACCACCGCGCCUUCCCGUCCGCCAGUAGCACGACUGGAGUGCGGCGGCAGCAUGCACUGAGGGUGCGGGAGAAGUGCAUCGAUGCCAUCUCGCUCUCCAUGAUCCUUCAACGCCGCCAUGACCGUGCGCAACGUGGGACCUACAAGUCCGAUUCUUCACUCAAGCAUCGCCCUGCGGUGUGGCUGGGUGGGGGCGAGGAGGAAGCAGGCCUGGAGCAGCUAUCACAGGCGUUGGUGCUGCAGUGCGGAGAGGUAGUGAGGCAGGCCGCCCAGCCAGUCAAGCAGCCCGUGCAGAAACUAAGCCUCUCGCACAUCAAGGAGGAGUUGGAGCGCAGCCAGGCAGCAGUGGAGGAGCUCAGAGACGUGGUGGCAGGGCUGCAGGGCCUCAUCGUGCAACUGCUCGACCGCACACGUCCACCCUCCGCUGCCACUCUUGCAGGCAUGUCAGCGCCAUCCACGCCGCAUGACUGCAUGCAGCUGUCGCCGUCGCUGCUCCAGGCGCCACCGAUGCACUCAGUCGGGAGGCAGGAACCACUGGAGCAAGCGCUGAGUGUGGGGGAGGUACAAGCACGUUGCAGCAGCGGAGGGUUGGGUGGAGGGUCAGGCGGAAGGGCAAUGGAGGGAGAGUCUGUGGUCUUCUUGGGCUCAAGAGGUGGUGGAAGCGUUGCAGGGGAGAGUAUAGGUAGAGGCCUGCCCCGGCUGUCAAAACGAGGGUCAAGCGAGUGGAUGGAGUUCCGAGAAGUCACGGAAGCUGAUGGAGAGGGAGCCCCUUGGGAACAGGGGUUGCAACAGCACUUCAGUGACUCGGCUUCUGUGAAAGCUAAAUACAAGCAGCGGCGGCUUAACUUUGCCCGUCCCGCAGGUCCGACAUUGCCCGCGCCAUCGGAGACGGUCCCGCCCGCGACUCGUCAAUCCACCGACGACGAUGACGAAGCCGAGGAGAAGGGCACUACUAAGGGACGUCGGCCGCUGACUGUGGAAGGGCUGCAACUCAGGUGUAAGGAGCAGUGGCUUCGCUACUUCCCGUGGCUCUUCAUCAGUGAGACGAAGGACGGGCGACCUUGCAUGCGCUGCAACGUCUGUAUGGUGUUCGGGAACCCGCACUACAAGUACGGCCGUUAUGGUGAGGGUGGCCUCGACAUUCAGAAGCAGACGAUGCGCAAGCAUCAUUUCAGCGUGAAGCACGAGGCGGCGGUCCUGCAGAAGGAACAACGUGAUGGCCUGAAGAAAGGGCAGCAGUCCAUCGUCGCUUACGACAAGGGGGACGACGACGCUAGACGAAUUGCUAGAUUAAUGGCAAUCGCAUUAUUCGUCUGCAAAUCUGACGCCCCUAUUGUGCUGUUCGUUGCUCUUGUGCAAUUCAUGGCUGAGCAGGGCACGCCGGACAUGCCCUUGAAGGAGAAUGGCUCCUAUUACAGCGAGUAUGGUUUCGCUCAGCUCGUGGCAACCAUGGUGUCAUACCUGCGGUCCCGUCAGCUGCAGUACAUCCGCGCCAGCCCCUACCUCGGGAUCCAGCUGGACGAGAGUACGGACCGAAGGCGCGGGAAUCAUAUGUUCGUCUACCUGACAUUCCUGCGCGAGAAUCUUCCAGUCACGGAGUUCUACACCCUGCUAUCGGUCGAGCAGUGUGAUGCCGCCUUGCUGCUGACCGGCCUGCUGACGCAUUUUGAGACAACGGGGAUCGAUCUGCUGCGCAUCUCCGGUAUGAGCACGGACGGUGCUUCAGUGAUGAUUGGACAGCACAACGGGCUGGUCGCGUGCCUGCGCUCGAAGGCUCCUCAUCUCGUUUCGUGUCACUGUGUCGCACACAGGGAGGCGCUGGCAGCUAAAGAUGCAGCAGCCGCGUAUCCUGACCUUUAG